CCUUAACCACACUGCUAGUCUUAUGCCGAACCCUAACCUUAAUUUUAAAAAAGCAAAUAUUUGUUUUCAUGGAUUUUUACGAUAUCGGCGAUUCUUACUUUGUGGCUGGGGUAACUAGUGACAACAUGGCAUAGGGACCGGUGCUGUGUUGGAGUUUGACGUGGCACUCCGCUUUCACGAUCAGGAAUUCAGAGUAGAGGACUCGGCAGAUACUCGCCAGAAUACAGGUUCUUGGAUCUCUGCCAUUUUGGAAUGAGAAGACCUUAACAGCAUUUAGGAUGAGUCAGCAGGGUUAUGUUGCCACGCCUCCAUACUCCCAGGCCCAGCCUGGGAUGGGGGGCUACCCAGCUGGGUUUGGGAGUUCGCCUGCCCAGCCCCUCUAUGGACAUUAUGGGGGACAACCUCAGUCAUUCCCAGCCCCACCAACAGGUUUGAUGAAGCCUGUGUCAUCCCCCUCCGGCAUGCCUCCGUCAGAGGUCUCCAGCCAGUAUGGCUCAAACAUUCAGCAGAAUGGAGCUCACCCUCAAAGGUACCCUGCCCCUCCUGCUGCUGCUGCCGCCUCUCCGUAUGGACAACCCCCUAAUUCCACCUACCACACCAUGGCCCCCCAGGCCCCAGCACAGCAGCUCACCAAUCAGAUGGGUUCCAUGAACCUCGGAUAUGGUCCAGGGCCCAUGCAGAACCCUCAGGCACCCCCCACCUCUCCCCCAGCCCAGCAGCCAUUCCAGACUGCCCCUCCCCCAACCAUGGGACAAUCAACCCUGGGCCCCCCACCUGCAGGCCCCCAUUCACCCCAGAUGGCUCCCCCACAGUCGCCCCUAGCUGGCCCAUCUAUGGGAGGGCACCCAUCUAUGGGAGGGCACCCACCCAUGGGAGGCAUGGGUAGGCCCUUCCCAGGCCCACCCCCUCCAGGCUCUGGGGGCUUCCAGCAGCCUGGGCCUGGAGCAGCCGGACAACCAGGAUACCCUCAGCAACCACAAGGUCAGUUUGGGGGGCAGAUGGCGGGACCCUUCCAAGGUGGGGCAGCCCAUAUGUCCGGGCCACCUCAGAAAAAGCUGGACCCUGACUCCAUCCCUAGCACAACACAAGUCACUGAGGACGACCAAGCCAAACGAGGAGGACAGGUGUACACCACAAACCUCAGGGGUCAGGUUCCCCCGCUAGUCACUACUGACUUUACUGUACAGGACCAAGGAAACGCCAGUCCAAGGUUCAUGCGUUGCACCACCUACUCUUUCCCCUGCACGGCUGACCUGGCCAAGCAGUGCCAAGUUCCUUUGGGUGCCAUCAUCAAACCUUUCGCCACGGUGCCAAAGAAUGAGACUCCUCUCUACGUCGUGAACCAUGGUGAGACUGGCCCGAUCCGCUGUAACCGCUGCAAAGCCUACAUGUGUCCCUACAUGCAGUUCAUCGAUGGCGGCCGCCGCUACCAGUGCGGCUUCUGCAACUGCGUCAACGAAGUGCCAACUUUUUAUUUCCAACACCUGGACCACAUGGGCAGAAGGGUGGAUUUAUAUGAGAGGCCAGAGCUGUCGCUGGGGUCCUAUGAGUUCGAAGCCACCCUGGAUUACUGCAAGUCCCGGCCAGCUUUCAGCGCAAGCAUCCGAGGUGAGCCGAGUCAGACUGUUACCGCGGAAACAAAACAACGGCCUGUGCUGUGUCCUUCAUCCACAUUCCUAACAAAUGGAGGGCAGUCGGAUGUCACAGUCUUAACGGCUCCAAGAUCCAAGCAAGCUAACAACAAGCCAGCCAGUCCUCCGGCGUACAUCUUCAUGAUCGACGUGUCCUAUGCCAACAUCAAGAGCGGACUGGUCAGACUGGUAUGUGAGGAGCUGAAGACCCUGCUAGACAACCUGCCCAGAGAGGAUGGUGCCGAGAGCUCGACGGUGAAGGUGGGCUUCGUCACUUACAACAAGAUCCUACACUUCUACAACGUGAAGAGUGCCCUGGCCCAGCCUCAGAUGAUGGUGGUGUCCGACACGGCCGAGAUGUUUGUCCCACUGCUCGACGGCUUCCUCGUCAACUUCCAGGAGUCUCGCGCCGUCAUCAACAAUCUUCUGGACCAGAUCCCUGAUAUGUUUGCAGACACCAACGAGAGCGAGACGGUCUUUGCCCCCGUCAUCCAGGCUGGGGUAGAGGCACUCAAGACAGCAGAAUGCAGUGGCAAGCUGUUCAUCUUCCACUCAUCCAUCCCCACCGCCGAGGCCCCUGGGAAACUGAAGAACAGGGACGACAAGAAGCUGAUCAACACAGAGAAAGAGAAGACUCUGUUCCAGCCCCAGAAGGGUGUGUACGAGCAGCUCUCCAAGGACUGUGUGUCUCAGGGUUGCAGCGUGGAUCUCUUCCUCUUCCCCAGCCAGUAUGUGGACCUCGCCACCAUGGGAGAUGUCCCCACACACACAGGAGGCUCCAUUUUCAAGUACAGCAACUUCCAGGUGGAAAUGGAUGGAGAGCAUUUCCUGAGUGACCUGAGGAAGGAUGUGGAGAAGGCCAUCGGGUUUGACGCCAUCAUGAGAGUCCGCACCAGCACAGGCUUCAGGGCUACAAACUUCUUCGGUGCUAUCCACAUGAACAACACCACAGAUGUGGAGAUGGCUGCCGUGGACUGUGACAAGGCUGUGACUGUGGAGUUCAAACACGAUGACAAACUUAGCGAGGAGACGGGCGCACUCAUGCAGUGUGCCUUGCUGUACACGACCGUCAGCGGCCAGCGUCGUUUGCGGAUCCACAACCUCAGUCUGAACUGCAGCGCCCAGCUGUCUGAGCUAUACAAGAGCUGUGAGACUGACGCCCUCAUCAACUUCUUUGCCAAGUCAGCGUACCGUGCCAUGCUGAACCAGCCCCUGAAGACGGUGAGGGAGAUUCUGGUCAACCAGACGGCCCACAUGCUAGCCUGCUACAGGAAAAACUGUUCCAGUCCCUCCGCUGCCAGCCAGCUGAUUCUGCCUGAUGCCAUGAAGGUGUUCCCAGUCUACUUAAACAGCCUGAUGAAGACUGGUCCCUUGGUGGGCAGCGCUGAGCUCUCUACAGACGACAGGGCUCACCAGAGACUCAUCGCCACGGCCAUGGGGGUGGAGGAUACCCAGCUGCUGCUCUACCCACGCCUUAUCCCACUGCACAAUAUGGAUGUUGCCAGUGAUGUGGUGCCAGCUCCAGUGCGCUGUUCUGAGGAGCGCCUGACAGAUGCUGGCAUGUUCCUGCUGGAGAAUGGGCGCUCCCUCUUCCUGUGGCUGGGCCAGGCCUGCCCCCCAGAGCUGGUCCAGAGAGUCUUCAAUGUGCCCUCCUUCACCCACCUGCCCGCUGACCUGAGCUCCCUGCCAGUUCUGGAUAACCCACAGUCUAAGAAGCUGCGUUCCAUCAUUGACUCAUUGCUUGACCAGAGGCCCAGCGCCAUGAAGCUUCUGAUCGUGAAGCAGAAAGACCGGUCUGAGAUGCUGUUCCGCCAGCACCUGGUGGAGGACAAGGGGCCCCAUGGUGGAGCCUCCUACAUGGACUUCCUGUGCUACGUCCACUGCGAGAUCAGACAAGUCCUCACUUAACACGCACCCCCCUGGAUAUCACCUCUUACAGAGAGAGUCCAUAGCUGCCUUUCCAACAACUCUUUAACCCCUUAUUCCACACAAACCUACAGGACCACCGUUCUCUCUUGAGUAUCAGGAUCUGUGCUCCAGUUUGCAUUGUACAUUUGUCUACAUAUGAGUCAGUCUGACUUCUUUAAGUGAACUGAUUUCUAUGUAAAUUGGCCAAUGGUUGUAAAAGGAAUUGCUGGGAUUCGGGACACAUUAGACAGGUGGUUUCACUAUUGAGUAAACCCAAUUUUUAUUAGUGUAUAUUUAGCUUUUUUAUUGCCAAUGUCUGUCUUUAAGCACAUACAUUCCUUGUCACAAUUUCUCAUUAGGGAAGAGUUGACAGAAUUUCACAGCAUCAAAUGGUAAUUUAGUCACAUGGGUUGGAAUAAACAUCUGGUUGCCAUGACUGAAAAUUGGUGCCGUGGCUAUUAAAUUAAUGGCUCACUUUACCAUUAGUGAUUGGAUUCCAUUGUUUUUCCAUUCCCCUCAGGUAUGGAGAGAAUUUCCUAGCUAGAUUAUUGAUACAAGGCCAAAUCCAGUGACAACUCCCUGACAAACAUGGGAAAAAUAACCCCAAAAAUGUUUCUGUAAAGAUGAGAUAAAAAAUUCCACACUCUUAAUUCCAAUUGUAUACCUUGGUUUUUCUCCAAGUUACUGCUUAUGUCUCAUUUACUGGCAUUAUCAUUACUUUAAUAUAUAAAGUCAAUUAUUGGUUGUAUGUAUGCGAGGAGGUUUUGGGGGAAAUGGAGUUCCUGUGCCAGUUCAAUCUGCCUUCAUUUUUUUGUUGUAAAUAUAGGCCAUUAGUCUAUUCCAGUGAGAUACAGAUUUCAAUCUGUAAGGUUUGUAUGCAAACAUAUCUCAGGUCAUACCUAGCAAUUGUGGUGCAGAGAUGGGAAAACAGUGGCAUAACUUGAAUGGAUGUAUUCGAGUGAAGGGGCCUUGGAGUAGAUUCUGAGCCUAAAGCCUAUAAAUAUAUCUAUAUAAAAAAUAUUGUUUUUGAUUAAAUUCCUGACUACAUCAAGCUUUUGAGAAGUUAUGUGCUUGUCUUAUUUCCAUUGAAAUUCUCACUAACAAUCUUGUUGAGUACCAAAUUGUCAUACUUGCGAAGUAAAGAUACAUCAAUAAAGACUCAAGUAAAAGGGGAAAGUCACCCGGUAA